AUGAUCCGAGUGGAUGACCCACAGUUGUUCGUCUUCUCGAUGUGGUGUCUUCGUCUUUUUAUCGAAUCGGAUCUUCCUCAGUGGAGCAUCUCUCGAAUGAGCCAUACUCACCUUGGUCUUUUCUACAGCUCAGUUGAAUCACACGACGAAAACCCGGUAAUUACACCGUUCAUUGAGCUUCUGCCAAAUAUCACCUAUAAAGGAAACGAGAUUCGCAUCGCUCAAUUCAACUUUGCUGGACUUUUCCCACCACCCGAUGUUAUGGCGGUAUGUCAUGAUCCCACCUCAUCAAAAGCUUUGGACAACUUGCUAGAGGAAAAUGAACAAUUGGAUUGUCUCCGUGAAAUACGUGCUGGUGGCUACGAUGAGGAACGUGAGACAUCGAUGGUACCGAUUCGUUCACCACAAUCACCUAACUCGCGUACUGUUGUUUGUAGUUUUCGCUCAGCAGCCGGUGCACCAAAUUUUGGAUUCAACAAACAGUAA